AUGAGAACUAUUCCGAAGUGGGUUAAUAAAAUUCAUGAAGCUGAUAAAAUCGAGUGUUCCAGUGUCCAGACAAUAUGCUUCAGUCCAGACGGUUCCCAACUAGUCAUAGGUGCUGGGGAGAAAAUUAUGGUAUAUGACCCUAAGGAAGGUGCACUCGUACAACUUCUGCAGGCCCACAAAGGCCCAGUACAUGCUGUAGACUACUGCAAAGAUGGCAAGAAGUUUGCUAGUGGCAGUGCAGAUAAAAAUGUCAUCAUUUGGAAUAAUAAAAUGGAGGGCAUACUUAAAUAUUCACACAGUGAAGCAAUACAGUGCCUGGCGUAUAAUCCAGUGACUUACCAUUUAGCAUCAUGUGCUCUAUCAGAUUUUGCAUUCUGGUCCGCUGAUGUUAAGGCUGUUCAGAAAGUCAAAGUAUCGGGCAGAAUUACCUGCUGUGCAUGGUCUCCAAAUGGACAGUAUUUAGCUAUAGGGUUGGCGAGUGGUUUGGUUUCAUUAAGGGAUAAAGUUGGUGAUGAAUUCCAAAGAAUAGAACGUGAAUCAGCUGUAUGGGCCUUAGCCUUUUCAAAGAACACACUUUUAGUUACUGAUUGGAAUGAAACACUAUCAUUCUACGAUAUGUUGGGACAGCAAGUCCUAAAGGAUAGAAAUAUAGGUCUGUCUGCACUGUCAAUAUCUGUGGUGGGAUCACUUAUUCUUGUCGGUGGUAUUGGGGGAUGGUCUGUACUAACUUCUGAGGGAAUAGCAGUGGUGACGACAGAGCUAGAAUGGGUCUGGUCAGUUAUACCCUCACCUUCGUUCACAACUUUGGCUGUAGCAUGUCAAGAUGGUAGUCUAUGGUGUUAUCAAGUGGUGUUCAACACGGUGCAUGGUCUUUAUCGAGAUAAAUAUGCCUAUCGAGAAAAUAUGACAGAUGUAAUAAUACAGCACCUGACAUCGGGCAAUAAAGUUAGGAUUAAAUGUCACGAUAAAGUACAAAAAAUUGCCAUUUAUAAGCAACGGUUAGCAGUUCAAUUACCCGAAAGAGUACUUAUUUACGAGCAAACUGAUCCUGAUGGAAUGAUGUACAGAGUGAAGGAAAAGUUGGUGCAAAAGGCUGAAUGCUCGCUAUUAGUGGCAACUAGUGAAGCUUUGCUUCUUUGUCAGGACACAAAGCUGACAAUGGUCGAAGCACACACUCCGAAAUCUUGGGAAAUGCCAACACCAAUACGUUACGUAAAAGUGACCACUUUACACUUCCAAGAAGUAUUGCUUUUAGGCUUGUUGAAUGGAGAAAUAUGGCAAGUGGAAGUAAGUAGCGGCACCUCGAAGGUACUGUUGGCAACACCAGCUUGUGUCAGGUGCCUAGAUGUGAAUGUUUCAAGAACGAGAUUGGCUGUUGUAGACGAGACGUCUGUUUGCCGAGUGUAUGCAUUGCCAACUGCUGAAUUGUUGUUCUCUGAGGAGAAUAUAUCUUCAGUGUCAUGGAAUCUGUGGUUUGAUGAUCUACUUUGUUUAUCGGGGGGUGAUUUACUUUCUAUCAAGGCUGGUAAUUUCCCACCAGCGACGCAGCCUCUAAAUGGAUCUGUUGUUGGUUUCCAGGGUGGAAGAGUCUUCUGUUUGCAGUUAAAUGCGAUGCAAUCCAUCAAUGUGCCGUUAUCGCACGCAGUACAUCAAUAUGUCCAACAAAAAAUGUUCAAUGAGGCGUAUGCUGUAGCGUGUCUUGGUGUAACGGCGUUGGACUGGGAAAGAUUAGGAACGGCUGCUUUAGAGGAACUAUCGUUUGAAGUCGCGAGGAAGGCAUUUCAAAGGAGCGAAAACAUCGUGUUCCUUACUCUUAUUGAUCAAUUGCAGGAGCGCUUAGAAGCAGGUGAACGUAAAGCUAUAGUCUUGGGAGAUAUAUUAGCCUACCGAGGCCGAUAUGCUGACGCUGCAAGAUCCUAUCAGAGCAUAGCAAAGGAAGAGAAGGCUCUAGACAUGUACGUGGACUUAAGGAUGUUUGGGAAAGCUCAGGAGUUUGUUGGUGAAGGAGAGAGUCUCACCGCGUUGACCCGACGGCGUGCGGAGUGGGCUCGACGGGUUAACGAGCCACGAGCCGCCGCCGAGAUGUACUUGGCCGCGGGUGAUGUUCGAAGUGCAGCCACCAUACUUGCGGAGAGCGGAAAACGGGAUAUGCUUAUUGAAUUGGCUCGUAAAAUGGACAAGGGUUCCAGUGAAUCGCUUCGAUACCUAGCAGAAGCUCUGGUGACCGCAGGGGAGUAUCCUACAGCCGCUGAUGUCUAUCAAAGACUCGGCGAUUACAGGAGAGUGGCGCAGUUGGCAGUGAACGUAGGUGAAUGGUCGCGAGCGUUCACGUUGGCUCGCGAACACCCCGAGUGUAAGCAAGAUGUGUACAUGCCUUACGCGCAUCGGAUGGCGCAGGAAAAUAGAUUCGUUGAAGCACAAAAAGCGUAUUACAUGGCCGGCGAAACAGACACAGCAUUAAGAGUAUUAAAUGUGCUCGUAAGAAAUGCAGCCACCGAAGAGAGAUUUAACGACGCGGCAUAUCUUCACUACUCGCUCGCGCAUCAACUCCUGGAAUCUGCUGACAGCAACGGUGAUCGCGAUACAUGUCUACAACAGUACGCACACAACGACCGCCUCGCGCGUAUGUACCACGCAUACGAUACGGUGCAUCGCUGUGUCCACGAGCCGUUCUCUUUGAGCCAACCUGAUGCUCUAUUAAACGCAGCACGGUAUGUUCUGGCGCUGUUGAACGGGGAGCCACCACCUGGAAUUUCUAUGUUCUGCCUGUAUCUCUGUAUGGCGAAACAAGCAAAGGUGUUGAACGCUAACAUAUUAGCACGUAAGAUGCUCGACAAAAUUUUAGGCCUUCAAAUCCCACAGAAAUUUCAGGAAAGUGUAGAGCUCCUAAUGCUGAAGAGUGGUGGAACAGCUAGUUCUGGUGAUGGGAAUGAAGAAGAAGUAGCACCACUAUGCUGGCGUUGCCGACGUCACACCCCAAUGUUCGCGACCCAGUGUCCACGGUGUAAGCACCUACUCGCACAUUCCUUGGCUACUCAUGAAGUCCUGCCUCUAGUACGAUUCGUGCCGGCGGAGGGCGUGUCUUAUGAAGAAGCACUAGAUCUAAUUGAGAGGAUGCCAAUACCAGAAGAGAAAUCAGGCGACUCAGGCGACUCGGAAAUACUAAAAAUAAAUCACGACAUCGAUUCGAGUGAUCCUUUUCUCGACAAAGUUGAUGAGGAUGACGAAAGUGGCGUGGUGCAGUGCAGUAGAAAAGCAUUACUUCAACUCAGUCCAGUCAGCAUAGUUGUCGUGCGAAAGAAGGGGAUUCCCCCGGUUUUCUACAGAAAUAUGCUACCAGAGCUACCAGUGACUACCUGCGAUUAUUGUCAGAAUCUGUUCUACAUGGAGGAUUUCGAGGUCCAGCUCGUGACGAAAGGACAUUGCGGUUUUUGUAGAAGCCCCAACGAAGACAAGUCUAGCGAGAACGGUCUACACGAAAACGAUUCUAACACCUCCACGCCCACAAGCCCAAACGAACCGGGAUCGUGGACGUAG